GACAUAACGGUGUUGUAAAAAAUUUAUAAUACGAUUCAGACAGCUGCAGCAUUAGCUGUUAGGCUAACGGAUUAAACUGUUAGAUCACAGUGUUGCACACAGUUGCAAUUUAUCUUGGAGUUCUUUUUUAAAUUAAGGGAAACUGUGUGUGUAUAUUUUUGAAACACAAAAAAGAGGUUCGGUUUGCAGGCGGUUUGUUUGCUUUGUGUAUCUGUAUAAAAUAAAUACAAAAAUUGAUGAUAAAAGUUCAACUGUACGGAACACCGUGACGAUACCUUGUACAGGUGAGCGAUGGGCGGGGCCCAGGUGCUGGGUGUAGGUACAGGUGUGUUCCUCAUCGCUCUUAUAUGGAUUGGCACUCUGGUCCUCAGUCUCAUCCUUUCACGCACACCAGGUCCAACUAAGCUGGGCAUCAUUCCCUUGGUGUUCUUGGCUCUAACAGUCACCUUGAUUCUUGUGUUCUUCCCCCGAGCUUCUGAAGUCCCAUCCCUUGUUAAAGAAACACAGAUAGUGGACUCCUUCUUUAUUGGCCGCUAUGUCCUCCUGUCCCUUGUGAGCGUGAUAUUCCUGGUGGCUCUGUUUCUCCUCUUACCCCUACACCUAGUGGAGCCAGUGUAUGCCAAGCCUUUGAGAGCUUAUUAGAACAGACCAGGCACAUGCCAGCUCCCCAAGGACACAGAGGGCCAGCCUGGCACAGUCAGCAUCAAUAACCUUGACUUUAUGAGAGGCUUGUACAAGAGAUUAAAGUGUUCCUGUCUGCUGUUGCUCUGACCUCAGACAUACAAUAGUGCUUCAACUGGAAAAAAUGCUACUAUAAAAGCAUUAAGUGAUUCGAGUAUUGUAUUUUUAGUUUAAGGGGUGCUUAAACAGCUUAGUUAAGGCUGGUACAUUUAGACUGGUGUUUUAUUAUUUUCUUAAUUGUGUAUUAAAAAAAAAAUUAAAGUUAUCUUUUAUAUUGCA